UCUCCUGUCAGUCAUUCUGUCAUGUCACGUUUUGGUAGCAGUAGUGAUUUUGUUAUUCAUUAAUUAUUUUUAAAUAAAUGUAAUGAAUUGAUGAAACCUACUCAAUUCAGCAAAUUUCGCUAGCCUUGAACUGGUAUUGUCAAUUAUAUCUUGAUUGCUAUAAGUUUAAUAAAAAUGUCUGAGGAAAAUAAAGAGGCUAAUGGUGAUAGUGCACCUUCGCAAAUUACCGAAAAACGCAUUGGAUGUGCUCAUUAUAAACGCCGUGCGAAGUUUGUGACCCCUUGUUGCAAUAAGUUGUACAUGUGCCGGUAUUGUCAUGAUGAGAACGAACAGCAUUACCUGAACCGGAAGCUAGUGACAGAGCUGAUCUGCACGGAGUGCGACACGAGGCAGAAGGUGCAGGCCGAGUGCGAGAACUGCGGUGUUACAUUUGGAAAGUACACAUGCCUGAUCUGCAACUUAUUUGACGAUGAAGACAAGAAACAGUACCACUGCGACGGUUGCGGCAUCUGUCGCGUGGGCGGUCGCGACCGCUUCUUCCACUGUGAACGGUGCAACAUGUGUCUGCCCGUGCAGUUGCAACGAGUGGGACACAGGUGCGUGGAGAACGUGUCGAGGUCCAACUGCCCGGUGUGCCUGGAGGACAUCCACACGUCCCGGAUCCCGUGCCACAUCCCGGACUGCGGGCACCUGCUGCACCGGCCCUGCUUCGAGCAGCUCCUGCAGUCGGGCCACUACGCCUGCCCCACUUGCCAGACCAGCAUGAUCGAUAUGACCAAUUUAUGGAGCUAUCUAGAUUCGGAGGUGGCCGCCACUCCAAUGCCCCCUGAAUACGCCGAUUACAAGGCGACCAUACUGUGCAAGGAUUGUCAUAAGCUUUCCACUGUGAAAUUCCACGUGGUGGGUCUGAAGUGCCAACAUUGCGGCGCCUACAAUACUUGCCAGACGAACGGAUUUCACAAAGACUCCGCGAACCCCGAAGCGGAUUCCUCAUCGUCAUCGCCGUCCAGUUCCUCGACUUCGACGAGCAGAAGCGGUUCCUCAUCAGCCGCCUUCUCCCAACCCUGUGAGGAAACCCAACAAGAGGAAGACGAGCUGCCAAGAGCCAAUCCCAUGGACGAACCGCCUCAAGCCUGACAAGAGUAGUUCGGUAGAUGGCGUUACAGUCAUAGAUUUAAGACUAAAACGCUAGAUGGCGGCACGGUCUUGCUUUUCAAAUAGCGUUUCAGAGAUCGGAUAUUUAAAAUCCCAACUAAUUAUUAAAAUGCGAAAGUAAGUUUAUUUGUUUGUUGUGUCUUAAUACGUUAUCUACUGAACUUUUGUAGGUGGCCCUAAAUUUAUUCGAAGCCGCUGGUAAAAGCUAGUAAGUAAUAAGUAUGACCAGGCCAGAUGGCGUUGAAAUCGUGACAUUUCAACCCAUUUGAAACAGUUUAUGAGAGCUACGAAAAGCGAUCACGCCUCAGGCUGUGCUUAAAAAUGCUAUUGAAUCUUGCAAUUUUUAAUUUUUCACAAAUGAAAUCAUUUGUUAAAACUAGGGGGCAGCACUGAAUUUAGUAUGCCCUUCUAAUUGGAUGGUAUUAUACGCUAAACAGUCUUAAACUGUGAUAGUCAUUGAAUUCUGAAUAAUGUAUAAGACAAUAGAUCCGCCCCAGUAUCAUGUGGCACUAUCGCUGUCCCUUUUCACGUCACAAUUAAAAGCGAAACAGCGAUAGUUUUUCGCGCGAUAAAAACUGCGUCGCGCGUGCUGCGAGUGCUGUUGACUUGUAGAUAAUGGUGAAUGUGACCUCGCGACUGACGGUUGUGACGCCAAAACUUUUUGUUAUUGCAUGUCAAUUCUGAGAUUUAUUGUAAGUACAAUGUGGCAUUUCUAUUGUCUUAUAUUAUUCCGAUUUCUAUGGUGACGGCCUUAGAUUAUCUGCCUCAAAAUAGUCAUAGUUCUUUUUUUCAUCAUAAUUGAGAAAAUAAAGUCAAGAAAUUAUUUUGUAGCUUUUCAUUCUACAAUAGAUUCUAUAAAUUUUUAAAAUAGCUAUAAAAUGUUCGCGCCGUCUUGAAGUUGAUAAUCUAUUAAUACGCUCCAGUAUAUACCAUAUUCCAAUAAUUAUUAAGUCCAAUUUUCUAAGCAUUAGGUAAUAUUAAAACUAAAGCAAUAACAUUGUACAAAGUAAUAUUAGUACAUUUUAGCUUUGAUUGUUAUUAUAAUUAUUGUAAUUAAUAAAUAAUUUAGGAAUUUGUAGUAUUUUAAAGUAAAAAAAUUGUGUUAUAUACUCAAAUAACUUUAUUUUUGCUUUUUUUUUUGUCGUCAGCCAAUAUAGUGUUAAAAUAUAUUACAGCAAUUUUUAUAUUAUAGAUAUAAUGAAGAAGAUACAAUUUCACAAAUCUGUUUGAGCCAUAAACAAAUAAAGUGGUUAUUAUUAUUAUUUUUAUCUAUCUUUUUCUUCAGAAAUCUUUUUACACAUGUUUAUGGUCACUCGAAAAAUAGAUCUUUUUUUUUAUUACGUCCAAUUUUAAUUGGCAAGAAAUGUGUUCCUCCUUAGAGGCUGUAUUUAUUGUAAAAUAAUUUCUGUAGUUUAAUUUAUCAUAGGCACUUUUUAAAAAUAUAAUAUAGGUUUUUGCAAGUGGAAAAAAAACAUCCGAUUUUAUGUUCCAUAUAUUACGUUUAUACGUCGGUCUCGGUUGUUCUGACAUAAAUUUAGUACAAAUAGUUUGAGUUUGGUUUCAUUUAAGCAAACAUUUUUCUUUCUAUCUACAAAAAAGAAUAUAUAUCAUGCGAUACUAUAUAUGCUGUGAAAAGAUUUAGCAAAGUUUAGACGAUAGGAAGCAAAAUUUGAUACCAACCAGGCUUAGGUUUUUGUGGCACUGACUAGUUUGUGCCUUUGUCCUUUAGUCGGUUCCUACGACUUCCACAAGGAAAAUAUGGAGCGAUUCCAAGGUUCAUAAUGUGUCUUUAAGUAUUUGUACCUACUGAAUUGUUGGGACGUUUAAUAUUAACAAGUAGCUAACAUUCUCAGUAUGAACUGUAAAUAAUAUUGUAAUUUACUUAAUUAAUACUUGAUAUCUUCGGCUGCUCUAUUUUUAUACUCGUUAUUAAUUUUUUUCACAUUAAGAGAAGUAAAAUUUCAGAAACAAAGUUACAAAUCAACUGCUAUUAAAUUAUAUUUACAAAAAGUUCUUGCAAUAUUUUGUAAUGCAUCAUUAAAUUACAUACUUCUAAUUAUUUUGUUUGAAAUAAAAUUUAAAAAGAUAAGUAUCUCACGUCAUUGCAUUAUUCAAAGUAUUAUUCUUUUGUUUUUGGUACGACACCAUUUGUCGAUUGACCCGAAUCAUGAAUUUACACUUUAGUUUAUAUUUACGAAGGUAAGGUUCUCUAAUUUACCUUCAAAUUAUAGUUAUAAAAUAGAGGAGCCAAAGUUUCUUCAUAUAAUUACCUAUUUUAACAAACUGUAAAGAUUGUUAUUGUAUAGAUUAAUAUUAAUAUAAGCGAACUGUGAGCUAAAGAUAAGUUCAUUAUUAUUUCGUAUUGUUAAUUUUAUGUUAGGAUGAAGCCAUCCAAAUGUAUGUAAUAAGUUAAUAUGUUACUUUUAUUUUUAUGCAUCGAAUAAAUGACCAGAUUGUC